AUGCUAGAAUACAAGUUCAUGACAAAUUAAUUUAGAAUUGAUUAUCACGGACUUACGCCUUAAAUUAUCAAGAAUAUUACAUCUAAAUCAAACAAAGAAUGUCUGGCAACCUACUUAAAUAAAAAAAAGUUUUUAAAAAACAGGUCAUAUCAAUAUCAUAGCAAAAAACGAUUUGAACAUUGCACUCUUGAAACUUACUCAACAACAAUAUAACAAAAGGAGUAAAUCCAAAACUACUUUCCUGCUGAUAUUGAUGUCCUUGAAGUCAUUUGGGAAUAGUAGCCAGCCAUCAUGUUGAUUUUCUAAUCGCAAUCCGAAAAGCAAUAGUUAUAAUAAAUAGAAGAAUUAAAAUUGAGAGACCAAUAUAAAGAUGACCUCUUGGUUAGUGUGUCACAUGAUUUCAAGACUCCCAUAAAUGGAAUUGUUGCCAUUGUAUAAUAUUUAGAAUAAAUAGUCGUUGAUUAAGUGGAGAUUAAUUAUUUAAUUAUACUAAAAAAGUGGGCUCAAUUAUUAUUGUAUAUGAUCAGUGACAUCCUGGAUUUUUCGAGGAUACAAAAGAACAACUUAAGAUUAACCAAUACAACCUUCUACAUCCAAGCCAUCGUCUAAGAAAUCAUUGAUCUGGUCUCCCUUUAAGCAAAUCAGAAGGGCAUAAUUGUGCAAAAGAAGAUUACUUUUGGAGAUAGGUUGAUGUAUUCUGAUCCUAAUCGAAUCAAAUAAAUUUUGUUGAAUCUUUUAAGUAAUUCUCUAAAAUUUACAGAAAAGGGCAAAAUCGACAUAGUUGUUGAUUAUAAAAAUAGUGAAAUUGAAAAUUAGUAAGUCAGACUUAUCACCAUAAGUGUCUCAGACACAGGAGUGGGCAUUCCCGAUAAUGUGAAACCUAAGUUAUUUUAGAUGUAUGGAACAUUUGAUUUCACCAAUAAUGGUUCAAAUAAGCAUGGCAUUGGAUUGGGGUUAGUUAUUUGUAAGAAAUUGGUUGGAUUAUUAGGACCAACUGAUAAUAUUGAUUUGAUAAGUUAAGUUGGAGUGGGUUCUAAAUUUAGUUUUGAUGUUUAUAUUAAUAAUGAUUAAAGAAAUCUGACCACCAUUACCAAUUCAAAAGAGAUGACAAACUUUUAUAAACAGGAUACAAAAUAGAUAUCAGAUGAUCAAAAUUCUGCUAAUUAAUUACUAACAUCCUAAUUUACUAUUUUCAAUUAAUCUCUAUUGGCACCUCCAAUGCAGAACCAAAAGAAACUAAAUAAAAAAGGUAUUUCAACUCUACAAGAAAUUCAAGAUAGAAAAUUGUCUAAUUCAAUUUACUAACUCAGAAAGGUUCAGAGAAAGAAGACCUAAAAAAAGUGUUAAGUUAAACAUGAAAAUCAAGGGAACUUUGGCAAUCUCUGCUAUAUAUGCAGUGUUGAAGAUUCAGAUCAUUCAAAAUAGAAAAACAUGGAAUAGUAUCUUGAAUUAAAUAGCGAACUUACUCAUGCCAAGUUGAUUAAGAAAAUCAAUAAGUAAGUUGAUAUUAAUAGCUCUUUGAAUACUCCUUUGUAUCAAAUUGAUAGUAUGGAAUCACCCCCACUUUAGAAUAGACAACGCAAACCUUUAUAAAUAACCGAAUCUAUUGAUGACAUGAUGAAAAAGCUAUUCCCAGAACCUUGUACAAUUUUAGUUGUAGAUGAUUCCCCUGUCAAUGUGAUUGCAUUUCGAUUGAUUUUAACCAAAUACGAUUUUAUAACAGUUGAAGAAGCUUACAAUGGAGAAUAAGCGCUUCAAAAGAUAAAAUCGGGUAUUACUAAUGAUCAAAGAUAUCAAUAUAUAUUCAUGGAUUUGACUAUGCCCAUAAUGAAUGGAUACGAAGCUACUGAAUAAAUUCGAUUACUGAACAACAAUCUCGUUCCAAAAAGCUAUAUUAUUGCAUUGACUGGAUAUGAUGAUUUAAAAGAAAAAGAGAAAUGCCAAUAGAAAGGAUUCGAUGCUUUUGUAUCAAAGCCAAUCAAGAUUAUAGAUAUAAUCUCUGUAAUUAAUGAAGUAAAGAAUUCAAAAGAACCAUGA